AUGGACGUUAUGAAAGCCUUAAUUUUCGGUUCUGAAUAAACUCCAUAUGCACACGGAGCUUUUUUCUUUGAUAUUUUUAUUCCAGAAUAAUAUCCAAGUAGUCCGCCUAAAGUAUCUUUUUUAUCCACUAAAAACCAAAAAAUAAGAUUCAACCCAAAUCUAUAUUAGAAUGGUUUAGUUUGCCUUUCUCUUCUAGGAACUUGGGAAGGGGAUUCUUGUGAAAAUUGGAAUUCUUAAUUUUCGAGGACAGUAAAUGGAUAAAAAUGUAAUAUGGGAUAUUCGAAUAUUGUUAAGUAUUGGAAUGUAGUGCAUUGUAUGUGUGAUGUUUUGAAAAAUAUACCAGUUGAAUUCCAAGAAUCUUCAUAAAACCGACACCGUAGUGAAGAAGCUUAAAAAAAAUCUCGUCAUAAAGAAAAGCGUUCUCGAAAGCAUAAAUCUUCUCGUUCUUCUUCUCAUUCUAAUCCUUCUAGAAUAGAAGAAAGUAAGAACGAAGUCAUUGUUAAAGGCUUAAAUUUUUAAGCUAAUGAGAACGAGAUUAUUAGUUUCCUCGAAAAGAACUUUGGUCGUGUUGAAAAGAUGAAUCUUUUAAGAGAAAACGACGGAAGAUCUAAAGGAUUAGCCUUCGUAACUUUCAAAUCGGAAGAAAGCAGUAUAAAAGCAAUCGAAAAUAGCAACAUCAACUUCUUGGGAAGAUACUUAGCUAUUGAGAAAAUCAAACCUAGAUAUGAAAGAAUGGGUAGUAUUCUAGAUGAAACGCAAAAAACUAUUUUUGUGGGUAACCUUUCCUUUAAAACAGGCUCCGAAGACCUCAGAAAGUUUUUCUAGUCGUGUGGUGAAAUUAUAGAUGCCCGUGUAGCCUAAUAAGAUGGGAAAAGUAGAGGGUUCGGACAUGUAGAAUUCGCAGAUGUUUCUGGCGUAAAAAAAGCAUUGAAAAAAGGUGGGGAGGAAAUUGAUGGUAGAUAAAUAAAAGUAGAUAUAGCAGCAUCUAAAUAAAAGAGAUAAAACUAUGAUUAUUAUGACAAUAAUAGAGGAUACAAUAGAAAUUAUUCUAAUAAUGAUUUUUACCAAAAUAGGUAUUAGAAUGAAAAAAAUAAAUAUAAUUAUGAUUUUGAUAGAAACGAUUAUUCAAGGAAUGAUAGAUAUGAUUAUUCUAGAUAUGAUAAUAAAAGAAAUGAGUUUAAUGGAUAAAGAAGUAGUACUAGAUAUGAUAAUUUUAGUAAUAAAGGGGAUAGGUAUUAUAAUAAUAGAUAUGAUAGAAAUGAAGAUUUACAUAAAAAUGGAAGAAGUGGUAAUCAUUAUGAAGGUAGAGGUGUAGAAAGAGGUUAUGAUAGAUAAAGAGAAAGAAGUCCUGAUUAUAGAUGAUUAUUUUUGGGAACAUUUUUUUAAAAAAAUAAUAUAUUCAUUCAUAUUUUAGGACUUUUUAAUAUUAUAUUUUAUUCCUUUAAAAUUUUUUUUAAUAAUUAAAAUAUAAUUUCAAUAAUUUCCAAUUGAGAAUAAAUUUGGCCCAGUCCCUUUUGUUUUUUUUAUAUAAAAAAGUAAAUGAUGUUAAAUACAAAUUUUAUUAAAUAUUGUAACCUUAAAUACAAAUUUUAUUAA